GUUCUUCGGUCGAUCACUUACUAGUUGACCCACCACCGCUCUCGUUCGUUGAGCCGCCAAUAUCUUAACAAUAGAACAGAGUUCUCGCAUCGAGCAUCGGCAUUUCAUCAUCUACCCCAUCUAAGGACUAUUUCCCAAUUUUGGGUUCUAAUCCGGAACCCCAUGUUAUCAUAGGACAAAGAAAGGUACCUAUCGCGACGACCGCCGUAGCUGUGUCACGACUAGGCCAAUUCCUUCGAGAGGGUUUGAUCGACGGGGAGUCAUCAUGGAGUUUGCUCCCUAUCCAUAUUCGAAUGUUGCCAGGUCCGAUCCGAAUUCUGUGAGAACUGCGCUUCCCACACGUCCUGUCAUCUCUAGAGAGGGCACCCAACCGUCAGAAACCAUGUCCAUCCAAAAUGCCUCCUCCAUUGGCUCGAGAAGCCCAGCAGCCUUAAGUCAGAGUGAUUUUUCGGACGCGCCCAGUCCAUCGAUACAAGGAUCCGAACGAAUUCAUUCCAAAAGUCCUUCUCCCUUUGAUACACUCCGUCAGGAAAACUGGGCAACGACGAAGUCAAACUCGGCGUCUAAUCAAGGCGGCCAGGUGUGCAGUAAUUGUAGCACCACGAGAACGCCGCUAUGGAGACGUUCGCCGCAGGGGGCUACCAUCUGCAACGCAUGUGGACUCUAUCUAAAGGCGCGGAAUUCGUCUCGUCCGACGAAUCUCAAGCGGCCGCCAUCAGUGAUCUCUACCACGCCGAAGAAAACGCCCGAGAAGCCGCCAUCCAGCUCCUGCUCCCAGAAUAGUUCGGCGAAUAUUCCAGGCGCAACGUAUGUCGCGGCGGAUCAGAUGCCUAACGGAUCGUGUCCGGGCGGAGGACGAUGUAAUGGUACGGGUGGUGCGGAAGGAUGUAGUGGCUGCCCAGCUUACAACAACCGAGUGGCAAAAAGUGCCCAACUCCAAAACCAAAAUCGACAAUCCAGCAAUGAGCAGGGGACGCCUUUGGAAGAAGGACCAGCUCCAAUUGACAUAAAUGCACAACAAGCCUCUGCUCAGACAACAGUUGUUAUAGCUUGUCAAAAUUGUGGUACUACGAUAACUCCGUUAUGGCGUCGCGAUGAAUCCGGCCAUACUAUAUGCAAUGCCUGCGGAUUGUACUACAAACUCCACGGAGUUCACCGGCCCGUAACGAUGAAGAAAUCCGUCAUCAAGAGGAGGAAACGUGUAAUACCAGCAAGUCAAAUGGAUGGCGGAGUAGAUGAUGUGAUGGCGGUCGAUUCGAUUGAACAGCAGAGCCAGUAUGCCGAAUCCGACAUGGAACGGGGUAGUAUGAACGAAGAUGGAUCUAUUAAUCUCGGCCUACGACGUAAAACCGAGCAUCCUCUCACACUGCUUCCCGAUCCGAUCCGAUCUGGUGCGGGAUCAACCCCAGUAUCCACCGACCUUAUGGCAUAUCAUAACACCAGCGCUCCACAUCAUAUUCUCGAUAUCCGGGAUUCUCUUACCGACGACAAUCGUCUGGCUCCGUUGACGUCUAUCUCGGUCUCGAGCGACCGUCAGUCGUCCUUGUCCCCAGCCUCGUUUCUCUCUCCGUCGAGGAAACGCUCCUUUUCGGGAACCGAGUCGGAAUACGCGCCGAGCGAACCGGGCUACGAUAGCUCUAAAAGGUUAUCAUCAAUAAAGUCACUCCUUAAUCCGUCGUUUGAAUCGAGCCCUAGUUUUCGACCGGGCGAGAGCACACCCGAGUCGUUGCGGCUUCGGUCGCCAGCGAAUUCACUCAUAUUAGCACCGAGUCCAAGUCCGCAAUUGGUUUCCUCCAACAUAUUACCGAGCCUCCAUUCUAGAGAGAGCACGGUCGAGGAUGAGAGGAUGAAAGCCGGCCGAUUAGCGACACUACAACAGGAAACAGAACGAAUGCGCCAAUUACUCGCGGCCAAGGAACGCGAGAUGGCGGCACUACAAAAAUAGUCAUUAAUGUCUUACCGAAAACUCCUUUUAAUUAGCGCUGAUGAUUUAUUGCUUUGAUGAUCAAGAUUUACGACUGGAAUUAUCGGCGUUGCUCUACGGAAACAUGGCGAAAACAAAAAAGGGCGAGCCAAAGGUUCUGAGGCGUCAAAAGGUAGAGCUUAGCUAGUGGCAUUUGCUUUUAAACAACAUACCUAGGUAGCAUAUGUGCUUGGCGUACACGAGUCUCCAAAAUACAGGAGAGGGCUAAGGAGGCAAGGUGUUCUGAAUUGCAUUACGUGGUUGCAAAAUCCCCGCGGCGAAGGAAAUUUUAAAGGAAAUUGAAUUUUUCAAAAGGAAUCUUUCGUAUGAAUUAUAGAGAGGGUUAACUAUGGGAAAGGGGCGGGACACGGACGGAGGCAAAGGAUCGGUAUAAGUCGGGUUUCGUAGUAUUGUUCUUAUACUACUAGCAUAGGUUAGGCAGCUCCUCGCAUAUAACCGCCCAACUCAGAUGAAAUUAAUGAGCUUAUUUAUAUGAAUAUCUUCGGCGACGUAAUGUUUAAUAGCAAAAAGUGCAU